AUGUUUCGGUUUGCAAGCGCCAUCCCAACUCUUAGGGGAGGGACGAAUGCUCCGGCAGGGAGCCGCGCAAGCCCUUCGGGAGAAGCAGAGGACCAGGUGCCCCCGUUAAAUACAUUCUCUCCAUCAAGCAGCAAUCACGACACGACUCCCAUACAGAAUAUCCCUCCUUGGGUUAGAGAGUUGAACAACGCACGAGCCACCAGGCACAGUCGAGCCUCGUCGAUCGUCUCCACCCAAUCCAAGUUCACCACGACGACUCUGCAAGAAGACGCCCGCAGCAUCGACAUCAAUGUAGGCGGACAGUAUUUUCGGAUCAGCCGGGAUGGUUCACGAAUUACCGCUGAUGCUCCACCGCCGUACACUGCGCCGGACGAAACGAUACGAUUUCGAGGGGACCGAACAAGCGAUGUUGUGAGCUUAGACAGUCGAAUUGAAGGGGAUGCCCAAGACGUCGAGGAUGACAAUCUGGAGGACGGGGCAGUCACCCCGAGGUCUACAUUCACGGCCAUCGAUCAUGAUCCUGGUGUACGGGCCAAUAUACUCGAUCCGACAGAGUUUGAAAUGCCCUCACCAGUGGGAUAUGAUCACCACCGCCACCGCUCAUCAUCGGCCACCCUAGUCAGCGGUGAACGCAGGGUAGGUUUUGCCGGCGAACUUGGCCGAAGUCUGUCCCAUGAGGAGGAGGCGGAAAAUUUGCCAGGUCCAAGUCCAGGCGACCGCGGAAGGGGGGUGGCCUCAGAAGAUCUCAUAUUUGCCAGGGCGGGUCAGAUGCCUGAAUCGUCACAAUUGAGAAGGACGUACAGGGUGCGCCUGCCUCGUCUUAUUACAUCUAGCGAGAUUUCACGGGGAGCUCGACGACGUCAGUAUUGGCAACAGCAAUCAAAUACUUCGCCAGGGCACCCACUUCAAGUUCAAUCUGCAGGUGCAAUUCUAGGUGACAUGCCCGACAAUCGUGAACCACGAUCUCCUGAUUAUAUUGGGAGAAACGCAUGUGGAAGGUUUCCGUUUCCGGUCAAGGCAGCCACGACUCAGAAUGCCAGUGCUCUAAGUAGCAGCGAAUCGUCGGCGAGAACGGGGAAGUCGCUCGAGAUGAGCGAGACGCCGGAGGAGAGCGACACACCUCUCCCUAUGGAUAGUGAGAACGACAUCUCUCUCCAUUACGCGCGAAUGAUGCGGAAAUUGGACUCUUCGCAUCGUAAGGCGCUACUCUUUAAGGACAGGCAACUGGCAGAGCUCCGGGAGAAAUUGAAUGAAAAGGAUAUUGUGUUGAGACAGCAGCUACGAGCGAAAGAUUUCAUCAUUGACGAUCUAAAGAAAAGGCUGAGCAAUCUGGAGGAGAACGUGGAGGUGAUGUUGGAAAAGGCCCGACAUCAGGUGGAGGACUUGUGGGAAUCACGAUGGAAAGACCGCGACUUUCAUCUGCGGGAGCGCAUGAGACGGAUUGAGGAAGAAGCCCAGAAGACGAUCGAAAGAGUCCGCGUUUGUCAAGGACAGUCCGAGCAGGGCCCGAAAAGUAUCGAGUAG